AAACCCUAAACAUCCGGUACUGUUUCCCAUGGAAACGAAACCUGUGCGGAAACCUACCAAGGCUAGAUCGCCACAGUAACAUGAAAAUGCAAUGCCAGCUGUAAAAUUCAAGUAGUGAAUACAUUGAAAUAUCAAUAUAUAACCUUAUAAUUACGGACCCUGCAAUGUGCACGAAAAUGAAUCCUGAUCGUUUCAAUCCUACCCUCUCAGUUGAUGAGUACCUUGCUGAGACCAACGUGCUUUUCUACCUGAACGAUGCUGUGACCCAGCUUCUGGAGCACAAGGAGGAAUACACCCAGUUUGGCAUCGUCCGUUACUUUUCAGAAUACUUUAGCAGUGUGAAGAACGGCAACCAUGUACUGUUCAGAGAGUUCGGCUACAUCAAGGCCACAGCUCAUAACAGGGCCUCCUUCAUCCGUGUCCUCUGGAGGUGCUUCCGACAGAUCGGGAAGAACGGAGACCUCCUGGCCAUGUUGGAGUACAGCUCCCUUCUGCAGCUCCUCUGUCCAGACUUUCCAGUGGAGAUGGUACAACAUGCAGCAAGGAUAGUGCUAAUGGAUGAUGCCAUGGACUGCCUCAUGUCCUUCUCGGAUUUCCUCUUCUCUUUCCAAAUCCAGUUCUACUUUGAAGAGUUCCUGGAGAGUAUUGCUGUGAUCUACCAGGACCUGCUGUCAGGGAAAAGCCCCAACACUGUGAUCGUCCCCACCUCUACCUCAGUGGAACAGCUCCCCCAGGUGGCUACAGAGGAAACUGAGGCCCAGGAAGGAGUGGACUCUUCUGUCUUUGGAGAGUGCAUCGAGGGGCUUUGUGAAAGGUUCAAACACAACCAUCCUUCUACAUCUGCCAUUAGAGAGGUUCUGGAGCAAACACAGAGAGUGACAUUCUAUGGCUUUGUGAUGGCUCUGGUCAGACAUGAGGGUGUCAACCAGGACAUUGGUGCCCUGCCAAACAAGUUAGAGCUUCUGAUUGACCCUGAGAUGGACCAGGAGGUGGAGAAACUCAUUGCACAGAUCGCUAUCAGUCCUACAUCCAACAGCAGCAGCAGUGCACCAGGACACAAGGAGCCCCCUAGGAAGGCCUCCCCACGCAAGUCCCUUCACCACCGCAAGAGGAUCGAGAUGGAGAGUGACGGAUCCACAGAGGAGACAGACUCCUCAGAGAACUGAGCCUGGACUGAGGCUGACCUCCCAAUGGCCCUUUGCCUCCCAUUAACACACUUAUACUUCCACUGAUGGACUAAACUUGUCAGUGACUCCGUUACAACUAUAGUUUCUGUGUUACAACUGUGUACUUUAGGCAUAUUUCUCUAGGCCAAUUUCUGUAGAACUGUUAUAUAUUUUGUACCAUGAAAACCUGUCUGAUGAUUGUAUUCCUUGUCUGAAAAGUGUGAAAGUUUCUACAGGUUGGAACUAUAAUUCAGUAUUCCCUACAUAGUAAUACGCAUUAUUUUCUGUAGUUAUUUAUGAUGUGAUAUAUCUGUAUGUAAUUUAUGAUUACCAACCCUGUAUCAACUAAUAUAAAGAUUGUUGCUGUGUCA